ACCAGCAGGAGGCAGCAGAGACCCGCUGCUGGCGCUGACUACAAUCCGCGAAGAAGAACAGUGGGUGACGUCAUCAGACAACAGAACGCGUCAGACAUGGCUACAGGAGUGGACCAGGCUGUGGGCUCCAGCCUGGUGGUCUUCAGCCUCCUCCUGUUCACCUACUACUCCGUCUGGGUCGUGGUCCUGCCUUUUGUGGACAGUGAUCAUGUUUUGCAGAAGUAUUUUCUUCCUCGGGAGUAUUCGGUCAUUCUGCCGGGGAUCGCAGCUGUGAUACUGCUCCUCUGUAUCGGAGCCUUCAUUGCACUGAUCAUGUGGAAAAAUCGAAAACCAAAGAAAGUGGACUAACCUGAAGGACGACGUUGAUGCUCACAAAGUUAGAUUUGUUAGAGAGAGAUUUAUUUUAUAUUUUCACUUUAGAGGUGAUGAGUCGGGAUCAGCUUCUGUCUUUUGAAGCCAGCUUAGUCGUUGAUGCUGCCCCCUGCUGGUUCAAGUGAGACUUCUUAUUUCUUAAAGAUGCAAUAAGGAAUGUAAAGAUACCAGCUUGAAAGCAGCACGGCUCCUAACUGUGUAAAUACUGGGACAUAUUGUAAAGGAGUCCGAUUUUAUUGUCCGUAAACGUGAAGACUGGAAAGUUCUCAAUAAAAUGUUGGUGCUGGA